AUGAAAGUUUUCUUGUUCUAUCUUGUUCCUUUGGUCUUGUUCUUCUGCUGUUCCCAAGGGCGAUUGCUCUCGAUCGCAACAAAACCUGACCCAAAGGAUGCUGUUGCAACUGCUCGUUGGUUGGUAUCUUUCAAUUUCUGGGGCGUCUUAAGUACUAUCUCAACUGAUUUGGAUGGAGCACCCUUUGGCAAUGUCGUAUCAUUUAGUGAUGGACUACCAAACCAAGGCGUCGGCAUCCCAUACUUCUACUUAACUACCCUAGACCCAACAGCAAGACACGCAUUAAAAGAUGGAAGAGCUUCGUUCACAGUCAGCGAGUACCCUCUCGGGACUUGUGGCAAGAUUGACCCAGAGAAUCCUACAUGUUCGAAAAUUACUCUGACUGGGAAGCUGAAAUUGGUUGAUGAAAAGUCAAAGGAAGCUGAAUUUUCCAGAAAUGCCUUGUUUUCCAAGCAUUCAGAGAUGAUGGAUUGGCCUGAGGAUCACGAUUUUCAGUUCUUCAAAUUGGAAAUUGAGAAAAUAUUUUUGAUUGAUUGGUUUGGUGGUCCAAAACCUAUCACAGUGGAACAGUACUUACAUCCAAAAAUGAACAAUCAUGCAUUCAUUGUCUGA